AUGGGGCUGCCAUCUGAUCUCAGGGAGGCCCUGGAAUUAAUUCAGCCCUUCUAUUCCUUUUACCAGGCUUCUACCAGAGACCUCAGCAGCAAUGGCAGCUCCCAGUUGAAGACAGAAAUUCCGGUUCCUGGCGCUGUGCCGCGCUCCUGGGAAGUUUCCGAGGUUAAGUUCAGUGUUGUGAGUGCCGGAGCCCGGGUGGCAAGAGGCCCCGCCGUGCCUGGCGAACCUGGGGACCUGAAAUCUGUGCUGUCAGAAUUGUCUCUGCAUUGCCAACAACAGAAGAAAAUGAAUGGAUCUCUGGGGUCGGUAUCAUUUGAGGAUGUGUCUGUAGACUUCAGCUGGGAGGAGUGGAAUGAACUGGAUAAUGCCCAGAGGAUUCUAUACAGGGAUGUGAUGCUGGAGACAUAUAGCAACGUGGUAUCCUUGGGGUACUGCAUUCCUAAACCUGAAGUGAUUGUUAAUCUGGAGCAAGGGGCAGAGCCAUGGCCCAGAGAAGCCCUAGACAAGAAUAUCACAGAUGUCCAGCAAGUAGAUAGCUUGAUGGAAAUACGCCAGGAAAGUCGAGACACACAUCUGUUGCCAGUUGUAAUCACCAGAAGCAACACAGUAGAGGAAAGUGUCAUUUUUUAGGUGUAAAACAUGGAGCAAAU